ACCAACUUUGAUCACCUACUCUAUCUUAACACACAAUGCCUCCACGCCGCGCUCCUCUCAUGCAGUCAAAUAAAGCAGAUAUUCAGCUUGCUCUCUUAUCUAUAGAUUCUGCCCAAAUUCAGAGUACGCGACGCGCUGCUACAGUCUUUAAUAUCCCAAAAUCAACCCUAAUUGACCAGCGUGCUAGAAAGCGCGCGCGACGCAAUUGCUAGCCUAACUUAAGGAAGCUUACCCAGAGAGAAGAGGAGGUGAUUGUUAGCUAUAUACUUCACCUAGAUCAGCGUGGAUUUGCGCCUACCUACGCAGCUGCACGUGAUAUGGCUGAUAAGCUGCUGGCUGCACGCGGCGCUGGCCAGGUUGGGCAGAAGUGGCCAGCUAACUUUGUCAAGCGUACAGACAAUUACAACGCAGCUGGUUAUAACAGGAGCAGAGAGGAGAGGCAGGCCAAAGACUCUUCAGCCAGGCAAUCGCGA